ACAUGCGUUUAAAGGAAACUAUCCUUCGUAAGCAAAAGAGCGCUGAACAUGUCUUUGAACACAAAGUUGGAUGAAUUUUGUAGAAAAUUACCCAAAGUAGAAUUACAUGCUCAUCUGAAUGGGUCCAUCAGUGAAGCCACUCUAUCCAAGCUGAUAGAAAGGAAACUGAAGGACUUUCCAGAUGGGGUGGAAUUGGCUGUGGCUCAGAGAACAAUAAACAAAGGACAAAGGAGAACUUUAGAUGAGUGUUUUGCAAUGUUUAGGAUCAUUCACCCACUUACAGAUACAGCAGAGACAAUAUAUAUGGUGACCUGUGAUGUUAUAAGGGACUUUGCAGAAGAUAAUGUCAAAUACUUAGAACUGCGUAGCACUCCUAGACAUGUGCCCGCCACAGGAAUGACCAAAGAAACAUAUGUCAGAGCAAUACUUAAAGCUAUAGAAGACUGCAAAGAAUCUAUGGAUAUUAUUGUCAAAUUUAUGCUGGCAAUAGACAUGAGGAAUACCCUUGAAGGAGCUGACGAAACAGUGGAAUUAGCCAAUAAGCUCAAAGAUUGUUCUAAUGGUGUUGUGGUUGGAGUAGAUUUUAGUGGUGAUCCCAAGGCUGGUGAUGCACGGUCUUUUAUACCAGUUUUUCAGAAAGCUCAAAGUUAUGGCCUGAAAUUGGCACUUCAUUUGGCAGAGGUGCCUGAGAGAAAUGAAGAAACUCUUGAAGUAUUAAAGCUUAUUCCAGGCCGUGUUGGUCAUGGUACAUUUCUCCUGCCAGAAGAUGGAGGAAACCAGGAGUUGGUGGAUGUCAUGGUGCAGAACAAAAUUCCCCUAGAGUUGUGUCUUACUUCCAACAUCAAAGGCCAGACAGUGGCAGCGUAUGACAAUCAUCACUUCAAGAAAUGGUAUGACAUUGGUCAUCCUAUCUCUGUUUGUACUGACGACAAGGGGGUGUUCAGCACCACACUGUCAGAGGAGUAUAGCAUACUAGCACAGACAUUUGAGUUAAGUCAAGAAAAACUCUGGGACAUUUCCUACAAAUCUAUAGACCUCAUCUUUGCAGAUGAGAAAACUAAAGCUUAUCUAAGAGGUGUCUGGGAAAAGGAGAGAGAAAAUGUUUUCAAGCUUUCAUGAAUGUGGGAUUCAUUUGAAUUGCAAAGAAUCAAAAUAGUGUCAUUCACACUUAUCUUUAUGAAUGCUUACUUAAUAGAAUUGGGAAUGCAUUUCAGGUAUGAUAACUACAUGUAAACAUAAGAAUCUGCUGGUACAGUAGUGUACAAUAUGAGGAGUUAUAUGUCAUUGUUACCAGUCACUAGAGCUGACAAAUAGCCCCCGUCAGUGUUACGUACAUGUAUGUCAACCACGGCUGGUACAGGUAUGUCACCUCCAGGCCUCCGGUCAAUCCAUACGUAUACAAUAUCUAUCAAAACACGGACUAAAGAAGGGUGGAGGUGGGGCGGGGAGGGGCUGCUUCACUCUAGUAGUAGCAAGGAUCACACUUUUCUGAAAUCCACCGUGUUGUUUGUUCUUCACUGUUGCGAACUUGGACCUAACAAUUCUAAACGGAACUGGUAAAAUUAGCGGGGGAAAUGCUUUAGAAAUUUGCAGAAAAACUCGCUGCCUUCUACCUACAUGUUGGGUAAGAUGUCUGCGUCUGUAUGUACAGUGGGCAUUGUGUGUUAUAUAGCCGUGGGUUGGUCCUAAAGGGAAACUAACUUGAAGUCGGAUAUUAUUUUCCUAUCGUUAUUUAUGGACGGAAAAUGUAAAUAAUAACAUUUGCUUAGUUAAGGCGUCGUUCGUAAUAUAUUUGAAAUGAUACAGACCCAGUGUUGUGGAAACAGUGGAAAACAAUGAAAUGGCUACAUUUUUGAAAUUGUUAUCAAGCUUGGUCCUACAUUUCGUUUAUUGUUUUGCAUUUUCGGUAUCCUGUGCAUAAACUUGCGCUGAUAUUUUUAAAUGGAAAUGGACAACUUGAUAAAAUGAAUGUUAAAUUCUUCGGAAUUUUAAAUUUUUGGUCAUAAGUUGCAUUGAGAAUACUAUUUCAUGCACUGUUGCUACUACCACACUACUACUAUUAUUACUGUACUACUGGCAAUAAAGGAGAAAUGC